CCGAAGCCGCGCUGGCCUGGUGUCACCAAGCCCUGGACCUGGCUAAGUGGGCGCGGGCGCAGGGCCGCUUGCCCGCGCACCUGUUGAGCCGCAGGCCCGUGCCGGGAGAACUUGCUUUCUGGAGGUGGUGAGGCGAAGAGCAGAGGCCAGGUGCACCCGCGGGCGGUCUUUUCCAGGACCUCCGCGGCAUUGCUGAACCGUCUUGUGUGAUUAUUUAGAGCAUUCCAGAGAAUCAACUUGUAGCAAAGUGGGAACAAGAUGGAAAUUUCCAUUUUCACGGAGAUUUUCACUCCUGGUGAUAAUUCAUUAUUGCUGCUGCAAGCAGAGUUGUGUUUAUCCAUGAAGAACUGUGAGCAGGCUCUGCAGGAUGCUGGUGAAGUUUGUCAGAAUGAACCUCUCUUGCCUAAGGGGCAUCAUGUGAAAGCCCAGGCUCUCUCUGGCCUGGGAAGAAGUAAGGAGACGUUGAAGGAGUUUCUCUAUUGCCUUGCUCUAAAUCCUGAAUGUAACUCAGUGAAGAAAGAAGCCCAGAAGGUACUGUGUGAGGUGUUUUUCCCAGCUUCAGAAAAUAUGCCUCAGAAUUUAACAUCUUCCACCCAAAUACUGUUGAACACGAGAUUAAAGGCUCACUGUCAGAGCUGUGUGACCAGCCAGGGUCCUGUGGAGGACGGUGGCAGUGCAGGAAGGUCUAAGAAUCCAUCUGAGAAACCUGAUGUGUUUAGAAAUAACAGUUCCUCAGUUUUACAUUUCAUACUGGGCUUACACUGUGAAGAGGAUCAGGAGGUGUUAGACGACAUCCUUCCAACGGAGCCCAGCACUGGUUUAAAGAGACAGUUUCCGAGUGACUCAGAGGAUGCACACGAUGUGAACGCCACUGGGAAAAUUCCCAAGAAAGACUCCUUACCCCAAAGAAAUGUGAACUCUAACACAGGAGAAAGUGAAGAGCUCCCCACAGAGGUGGCUGACUUCGGGUGUGCCCUUUGCAUGAGGUUGCUCUUUGAACCUGUGACUACGCCCUGUGGACACACGCUUUGCCUGAAAUGCCUCGAACGCUGCCUGGACCACGCCCCACAUUGUCCCGUGUGCAAAGAAAAACUUUCAGAGUUGUUGGCAAGCAGAAAUUUUAAUAGAACUGCUCUGGCUGAAGAAUUAAUAUUUCAGUAUUUCUCAGAUGAGCUGUCUGACAGAAAAAGAAUCUGUGAUGAAGAAAUGACGGUAAGUCAUCUGACCAGAGAUGUGCCCAUCUUUGCAUGCGCCAUGGCCUUCCCCACCGUGCCCUGCCCGCUCCACGUCUUCGAGCCCUGCUAUUGGCUUAUGAUACGAAGAUGCAUGGAAAUGGGCACCAAAUGGUUUGGCAUGUGUUUAUCUGCUGAGCACGUGGAGAUCUCGGAGUACGGCUGCGUGCAGGAAGUCAAGGACGUCAGGACAUUCCCCGACGGCAGCUCCGUGGUUGACGCCUCGGGGAUCAGCCGCUUCCGGGUUUCGAGCCACCGUCACAGAGACGGCUACAACACAGCGGACAUUGAAUACUUGGAAGAUGGAAGGGUGGAAGGCCCAGGGUACGAGGAGCUCGGCAUGCUGCCCGACCCAGUGUAUCAGCAGCCUGCGUCCCGGCUCGCCUCACUGCAAGCUCCCAUGGAAGAGCAGACUUGAAGCCACUUUGGGUUAAUGCCGGACAGAGAACCUGAGCCUCGGAAUAACCCUAGUGGUCCCACGUGGUCCUGGUGGAUGCUGGCGGUGUUGCCGUUGGAGCAGAAGGCUCAACUGGCCAUACUGGGCAUGAUCUCGCUGAAGGAGCGCCUGCUUGCCAUUAGGCGAAUAUUAGUCAUCAUCACGCGUGAGAUGAAUAGCUGGCAAGAGCUCGUUAAUAGCAGGGAGAGAAACAGUUGAUUUCUGUCAAGGUUUCUGGAAGGACUUGAGUUUUUAUGAGGCGUGCCAGGCACGGAUGAGUUAACAUCCAUCCACCAUGCUUUGUAACAUGCUUGUUGAUAGGGUUCCAGAAUGGAACACUUGGCAGAUGUUGUUUCCUACUCAGAAGUUAAGUCUGUGCUAGGUGGAAUCUGACUCCGUACAAGGUGAGCCUGAAAUCUGAAUGGAUCCCAUGGUUGGAAACCAACCUAAACAAAUCUCUCUGGAACAGAUGCUCCAGUGCUCAGUACACUAAAGAUGACUGACAAGUGGUUUAGGUUUUGCUAGAAAGAAGAUUGCCUUCCCAGUGAAGUGUCUUGCUUCUCCAGACGGGAACAGCUCGCUUGGGUGCGUGGAUAGGAAGAAGGACACUGCCCUGUUAUCUGGAAGCAUAUUUCUCAGAGUCCAGGCUAGCUGGAAACAUGCUUAUUAGGCUUUGUCUGUCACUGAAAUGGAGGAGUCAAACUGUUGUUCAGUGUGGGGGGUGAAGUUAGUCCUUAUCCAAGAAGUAGCAUAGAAGCAAAUAGAGCUGUGUUUUUGUGUCCUGCAGUAGUUCAAAUGUGGUAAAUUGCAUAUUUUAAAUAAAUGAAUAUCAAAAUAUAAGAAGGUGUACCUUCGAUGUAGAAAGCCUGAAAACAGUGUAGUUGAUUUAGGAUAUGUAUUUGUGCGUAUGCACACCCACACAGUACAGGAUGAAUAAAGGGAGCUAAAACUCUACCCAUAUUGGGAUGUUAAGAAUACAACCAAAAUAGUGCAGAGAACCCCUUGGAAACACAAUGUCUUAUUAAUUCAGUGGGUGUGAAGCAUUUAGAAAAUGUCAUGUUUCUACUCAGAUCAGCAUUAGAUGUUAGACCCAUCAGUCAAUUUGAGCUCACUGUCCAUCCACUGAUAGACAUUAAAAAGCUGCUAUGAAUUCAGUAUCUAUUUAUCCCAGGAAAGCAUACCAGGACAAUAUACAAAGAGAGGGAGGUGGGUAUGGGAUGUAAAUAUUUAGCAAGUUUUUUUUUUUCCAAACCCAGCCUAAAAAUUCUUUUUUUUUGUUGUUUAAGUUUUACUAUGAUCAGACUAGUUAAAUACAGUGUAUAAAUUCCAACCCCCUAGUGCAUAUUGAUGAUAGUUGUAAUAACCAUUUGAACCUGAUGUGCUGACUCAUCCUCACUGGCCUGAAAGCUGGUAUGUUUAGGUGGCUUCUUGGUCUGUGAGGUGGAUGUUUUUAAUGAAGAGAUGAUGAAAACCAGACUAGAGAGUUAAUCACAGCUUUGAGUUUUGCUUUAUUAGUCAUUCAAGGUAUGUGAUGUUUGAAUUUUAGAAAAUGUAGUUAAUAAUGACCAGUGGUAGUGGGUUCACAAUCCAUCAAGCAUUUUUAUUAGAAAGACUUCAUAGUCAUAUUUGUUUUUAGUUGUGGGAGGUUUCAGUGGCUGAAACUCAGUUUCAUUAUGGAGUGAGCAAAUACUAAUCUUAACUUAAUCACAAAGAGAAAAUUUGAAGGUAUUUUCCCGUCGCUGUUUCCAGUGCCUCACAUACUGUGUAUCUCAAAUCUCAUCUUAAACAUGGUUUCAAGGCAAUUUGGCCAAGUGAUUUCUAAAAUAUGUUACUAAUUCAUGCAUUGACAACGUGUGUGCUCAAUCUCUCAGUCAUGUCUGA